AUGGUUUUCAGAUCCCCUUUAGAGCUUUAUCCCUCCCAUUUCUUCCUGCCAAACUUCGCUGAUCGCCCUCUGCUACUGGCGAACAGCGCUCCCACCACCAGGUCUCCAGAAGACUUGUCCAUGUUUCAGCUACCGACACUCAACUUCUCCCCGGAGCAGGUGGCUAGCGUCUGCGAGACGCUGGAGGAGACCGGGGACAUCGAACGGCUGGGCCGCUUUCUGUGGUCCCUGCCAGUGGCUCCGGGAGCGUGCGAAGCGAUCAACAAGCACGAGUCCAUCCUGCGCGCCCGGGCCGUGGUGGCGUUCCACACGGGGAAUUUCAGAGACCUCUACCACAUCCUGGAGAACCACAAGUUCACCAAGGACUCACACGGCAAACUGCAGGCCAUGUGGCUGGAAGCACACUACCAGGAGGCCGAGAAGCUCCGCGGUCGUCCCCUCGGACCGGUCGAUAAGUACCGAGUACGGAAGAAGUUUCCGCUGCCUCGGACCAUCUGGGACGGCGAGCAGAAGACGCACUGUUUCAAAGAGCGGACACGGAGCCUGCUGAGGGAGUGGUACCUUCAGGACCCAUAUCCAAACCCCAGCAAGAAAAGGGAACUGGCUCAAGCCACUGGACUCACUCCUACACAGGUCGGAAACUGGUUUAAAAACCGGAGGCAACGAGACAGAGCCGCGGCGGCCAAAAACAGGCUUCAGCACCAAGCAAUAGGACCGACCGGUAUGAGGUCCCUCUCAGAGGCCGGGCUCACCCCUCACAGCUCGGCAGAGUCGCCUUCAACCGCGGCCAGUCCCACCACCAGCGUUUCCAGUAUGACAGAGAGAGUUGAUACUGGGACGUCCAUCCUGUCCGUCACAUCCAGUGACUCGGAGUGCGAUGUAUGA